AAAACAAUAUUACAGUGAAUCAGUGGUGAAAUAAGGUCUGUUUUGACAAUGGCAAGCAUAAGAUCGUCCGCCUCUACGACUAAUUGGAAUCCAAGUUAUGACGUUUUAUGCAGUGACAGUGAAGAUGACGACGAUGAAACCAAACCAAACUAUAAAGGCCGCGAAGCGCUAAUUUUCGUGCUUGACGCUAAUCUUUAUGAGGAGUAUGAACGGUUCGUAGUGGCUUUGGAUAUUGUGCGCAAAGCUCUAAUAUCUGGAUUACUAGUAAACUCCAAGGACCUUAUUGGUAUCGUAUUUGCCAACACUGCGAAGAAUACAGAUCCAUAUGAGGCAAGCAGUUUGGAUAAUAUUGUGGUUCCACCAAAUUGUGCUGUAUUCCUGCCAUUACGGGAGUUAUCCAAGUCCAUUGUGGAACAUUAUUUGCGCUUUAUGGAAACCGCGGAGCAAGGUUUCGGUGUCGAUUAUGGCAUAGUAGGCAAUGGUGGAAACAGCGACUUCUCGGUUAUGCUGCGUUUGUGCAUAAAUCUUUUCGAAAAUGCUGGAUACAAUUUGGUUUCAUCCACAUUGGUUUAUCUAACUGAUAGGGCAACACCUCAUCCAACAACAUCAAAUUUAUAUCAAAGAGCUUUGCAAAAAGCAAAGGAUUUGGAGGGAAAAGAAAUUGAAUUUCAACUGGUGCCUAUGGUAGAUGAAUUUGACUAUGAGCCUUUUUAUAAAGAAUUUUUAACGCUUGUCGAAGAUGGUGAUAUUGAAGCAUUUGAUCCGCGAAAUCCCGAGGAGUUGCGCACGUUGUUAUCUGAUCGUAAAUUGCGCCAAAAUGUGCUGAGACGUUCACUGGGCCACUUUAAAUUGUCGCUGGGUCCGGACUUGUUCAUAUCAGUGCAAUACUAUAAUUAUUUCAGAGCUCGCUUCAUGCCGCGAAAAGUACGGCUACUACGUAAAGACAACUCCAUUGUGCAGCAGAAGCGCGUAAUUAUGGUGCGCAAACAGUCUCAAGAAACAAUGGAUAUCGUGGAAGAACAUCAAGUUAAACAAAGUGGUGGCUGGUAUGAAAUUAACUUGGGUGAUAUGCCAAUACGCAUUACACCAGAGCAAAUCAAUCGUGUGCGGAAUCUGCAUGCGCCAGGCAUGAUGCUACUCGGUUUUAAAUCGAUAUCGGAAAUGCCUGAAAAUUGGUACUAUAAGCCACAAAACUUCAUGUAUCCCGAUGAUAAAGGCAUUAGUGGUUCGAAACGUCUAUUUCGAGCUCUGUGGGAACGAUGUAUGGCACGCGAAAAAAUUGCUAUUUGUUUAUUGAUGCGCAAACGCAAAUCAAUUCCUCGAUACGUUGCAUUGCUACCCGUGGAAGGGGGUGACCCUGAGGGUGACACAUCUCGCCCGUUGCUCUCAGGUGAUGGUUUCAAAAUAAUUUACUUACCUUUCGCCAAGCACAUACGAAACAUUGACUUCACUGAUUGGAAUACUAUGCAGAAUGAGGCACCCGAAGAAGGUGUACAAGUGUUCGAGAAAAUAGUUGGUAAGUUGCGUACUAAAUUCCAAUCCAAUUUGCUUGUCGACCCUACUGUGGAGGCUUUGCAGUCCAACAUACUAGCUCUGGCACUAAAUAUAAAAACCGAUAGUGCUGGUCUUAGUGGAAUGCCGGACACAAAGCGACAGGAUGAACGCAUUGCCAAAAUAUUGCCGCGCUUAAAUGAAAUCUUUGGUGAAGAUGCAGAAAGCCCAAAAAAACGUGCGGCUUCUGCUAAAACUGGUGGCAAUGCAACUAAGGUACCUAAGUUAGAUGUGGACAGUUUGAAGCAACUGAAUUAUGUUGAGCAGCUGGCAAAGAACGAUACUCUGAGUAGCUGCACUAUUGCACAACUGUGUGAUAUUCUGAAAACACAUUUUGAUGUACAGGUUCCAUUGCGCUCGAAGAAGCAGGAUUUAAUUGACCGUGUAAAGGAUCUGAUAGAUUGAUUGUUGGCUUACAUAGAAUGCCUUUGUUAAAACACAUUUCCAGUUACCCAAACUUAAAAAGGAUAUUUUAAUUAUAUUUGUAUACAUACAUAUAAGAAAAUGAAAACGAAUUUGUACCAGCAAAAUAUGCAUAUAAAUUGUUUGAGGAGUUUUUUAUUAAAUAUGUUUUUAUGCUCUCA